UUCAGAUUCUUGAAAUCUUCUUUUUCCUUUAACAGUCAAAAGAACUGAGAUCUCUUACAUAACUCAUUCCUCAGCGAUUUUCAAUCAUGGACUCUUCUCCUCCGAUCCCUUCCCGUCCAAACGCUAAACCAAGAAACUCCGAGACCGGAGAUCCGAUGCGCCGAAGCUUCCGAUCCAGCCCGUUCCCUGGGAAAACCCAAACCGGACGCGUCGAGAGUGGAGAUAAAGAGAAUCAGAUCUCAGAUGUGGUGGUCAAAGCUCCAAAGAUUGCCAAGAACUUCAUGUCCCCGACGAUCUCAGCCGUUUCUAAGAUCAAUCAUCCAUCUCCGAGGAAGAAGAUCUUGUCUGAAAAAAACGAACUUUCUCGUUCCUUUGACAAAACCCAUCAUCAUAAUCCUCAGGUUCGGUCAUCUGUCUCGUUCUCUGAUGUUGUUAGCUUCAUUGGGGAAGAAGAUAAGGAUAAAGAUGAGAUUUUUAUCGGUGAAAAGAAGAAGCUUGAUGAGGAUGACGUCACUGUUACUGAUAUGGAUGAUUUUAGCCCUCUCCCUGCUUCGGUGGUUCCGUUUACGUUCCCUGUGUUUGAGGCUAAUGAAGUUGAUGCGUCGGUGACGCCUUAUGAUCCGAAGAAGAAUUAUUUGUCGCCGAGGCCUCAGUUUCUUCAUUAUAGGCCGAACCCAAGAGUCGAGUGCAAGGAGCUUUUUAGCUCUGAAAGCUCUUCUACUGAUACUGAUUUGUCUGGUGAGGAGAGCCAACAAGAGGAGGAAGUUGCUUCUAAGGAGAGUGUAGAGGAAGUGGUAGUGGAAAGCCAACAAGUGGUGGAAGUUGCUUCUCAGGAAAGUGUAGAAGAAGUGGCAGAGGAAAGCAAACAAGUUGAGGAAGUUGCUUCUGAGGAAGGUGUAGUAGCAGUAGAAGAAGAAGAAGCAGAAGUGACCCUAGACGAGAGUGAUGAGGAAGUAGUGGUUGGUGAAAGCACUGAAGAAACUCAUCAGGUUCCAAAACAAUCUCGUUUCAAGAUGUCCAAGUUGCUAGGUUGGAUUAUGGUUCUUGGUGUGGCGUAUACGUUGUUGGUGUCUUCAGUGACGUUUACUCAUCCCAACAUCAAUGAAGGUUCACAUGUCUACAAGUUUAAUAUCCCACCGGAAAUGACAAAGUCUGCAAGAGAGAGCUUUGAGCAGUUGAGUGAGAAGCUUGGGAUGUGGGCAGGAUCAUCACUUGUUUACAUGGACAAGCUGAUCUCAAGUCUAAGAGAAGAAGAAGGGUUUGGUACGUUUCAGUUUCAUAAUUUGACUGGUGUUUUGGAAGAGACGAGGUUGUCUGAUGCUGUUUUCCAGCCAACUAGUGGUCAAAUCAGUGUUGCUGAGUCGUUGGUUGAUAGCCUAGACUGGAGCUCAGAAAUGGAUACGGAAGAAGAGAAUGUUGUCCAUGAGAAACCUGAAGAACUGGAGAGCAGUGGUGAAACUGACCUUGGAGCUGUAUACGAAGAGGAUGGCAAUGGAUUCGAGCAAGAGAGUGAAGGAGGAGAGGUAAACUCAGAAUUUGAUAAGCAGGCUGAGAUCACGAUGGCUAUAGAUACAGAGGUGAAUGUGGGUGAAGUGUAUUCAGAAUCGCUUUCUCAAGAAGAAGAAGAAAGUGGUGGCCAAGAAACUGAUGGUGUUGAAGAGCAGGGAGAAUAUGAAGAAAGUGACCACAAGAACCUGGAGGAAAGUCAUGAACCUGAAACCACAUCAGCCCAAAACGAUGAGAAGGUGAUGGAAGAAUCUGAAUCCAACUCACACCAUGUUGAUGCUGAGGAGUCUGCUGCAAUCAGUGGUCACCAGCAAGAAGAAGCUAGUUCAUUAACCAACGCUGAAAGUGUACCAGAAGAAGGAGGUAUUGAGGAAACUGCUGAGACCAGUUUGGAUAUUUCAGCAGAAACUAGUGAAGUAGAUGGUAAUGAUUUGGAAGAAGAGAGUGGGAUUGGUGAAGAAGCUGUAACUAAUGCAGAAGAUUGGAAGGACAUUUUGUUGAAUAACCAGAAGAAAGUGAUGGUCUUGGUUUCUACUUUGUUGGUUAUGCUUGCUGCAGUAGCUGCUUUCUUAUUAGCUAACAAGAAGGCAAAACCUGUGAUGCAAGAAGAUGGUGAGCAAACAACAACUACCCCUGACGCUAAAGUUGUAAACGUUGAGCAUGCACCAGUAGAGAAUCUGAUCAAAGAAAGGCUUUCUUCACUGAACUUCCAAGAGGAGGAAGAGAAAGUUAAUGAUGACAGGAAAAGAGAAGAGGUAUCAUCAUUCCCUUCUGAGAUGAGUUUCAGUUUCCACAAGGACAAGUCAUUACGCAGCUGCAGCAACAGAGAUGAGCUUAAAGAAUAUCAAAGCGGAGGAGGAGGAGGUAGGAAGAGUAAUGACAGCGGUGAAUCCAUGGCUUCCUCGGCAUCAGAAUAUUCCAUAGGGGGCUCUGUUUCAUACGGAAGUUUCACAACAUAUGAGAAGAUACAGAAGAAGAGUGGACGUAAAGAGGAAGAGAUGGUAACACCAGUGAGGCGUUCAAGCAGGAUCAGGAACCAUCAACAUUCUGGACAAUGAAUUAGAGAUUAGCUUUAGACUUCAUGAUGUACUACUACUGAUUUGUAGCAAAGCUUUUUCAUCUCACUGAAGCUUAGUAGUAGUAGUAUGUUGACUUUGUUGUGAUCUUUAGCUUUUGGAUGUGAUGUUUCUUGCUUUAGUAUUUGUCUGACAUUGUACUUCAACAGUGUGAUGAGCCUCUUUUGGCCUAGUUUGAAUAAUAUGUUCGUUUUUUC